CGCAUGUCUGUCGGACGUAGGAUCCAGAGGGCCACCAUGACCUCUACGGUGACCCCGGAGACAGAGAGACCUCCACAUCUACAGGAUGAUUGACAGCUGCUCCUCCUGAUCCCCAGGAUGCCCGUGGUGCCGGUGGGCGGGGCUUCCUCCACCAAUCAGGUCGUCCCCGUCGCCCUCACCUGCUCCUGGUUGCUCCUUCUCUUCCACGCUGCCUUCGGUCAGAAGCCCGCCAAGCUGCCUCUGAUUCCCCGCAAGCCGUUCAUCGCCGCCUGGAACGCCCCGUUGGACAUGUGCACCAUCAAGUACAACGUGACCACCAACGCUGAACGCCUCUUCCACAUCCACGGGAGCCCGCGGGCCGAUUGGACGGGUCAGAACGUCACCAUCUUCUACGCCAACCGUCUGGGGUACUACCCUUACUACACGCCUCAGGGUGUGGCGGUGCACGGUGGCCUGCCUCAGAACUGCAGCCUGGACCUCCAUCUUGUAAAGGCCUACCAGGAUAUUAACCACUUCAUCCCCUCGGAGGAUUUCCGUGGCCUCGCCGUCAUCGACUGGGAGUUCUGGCGGCCUCAAUGGAGCCGUAACUGGCACAAGAAGGACAUUUACCGGCAAAAGUCCAAAGAACUGGCCGCCAAGGCGUUUGUAAACGUGACGGAUGCUCAAGUGGAGGAGCUUGCACGAAGGAGGUUUGAAAAGAGCGCCAAAGCGUUCAUGCAAAGGACUAUCCAACUGGGGACUCGCCUUCGCCCCAAUGCACUCUGGGGAUUCUACCUCUACCCCGACUGCCACAACUACAACCAGCACGAGCAGAACUACACCGGCUUCUGCCCCCUGCUGGAGAGGCUGAGGAACGACGAGCUGAUGUGGCUCUGGAACAGCAGCACGGCGCUCUUCCCCUCCGUGGCCAUCAGGAAGAGUCACUCCAACAGCAUCAGCAACCUGCACUUCGCCCAGCACAGGAUCCGAGAGUCGCUCCGCGUCGCCACGCUCACCUCCAGGGAGUACGAGCUGCCCACGUACGUGUACCUGAGGCUGGGCUACAGGGACGAGGCCAUGGCCUUCCUCACCAUGAAAGACUUGAUCCACACCAUCGGAGAAAGUGCUGCUCUGGGAGCUGCUGGCUUCGUCAUCUGGGGAGAUCUGAACCUCACCUCCUCCAGGUUUAACUGCACCAAGGUGAAGACGUUGCUGAGCCACCGCCUGGGUCAGUACAUCACCAAUGUGACGCGAGCGGCCGAGGUCUGCAGCGACUUCCUGUGCCAGUGGAACGGCCGCUGCGUCCGGCGUAACCCCCUCGCCCGCCACUACCUCCACCUGAGCGGCACCUCCUACCACAUCCAGCCCUCCAACGACGGGGACUUCUCCGUCACCGGCUGGCACUCUCAGCACGAGCUGCAGCUGCUCACCAAGAGGUUUCGCUGCCACUGCUACGAGGGACACGAGGGCGAGAAAUGCGACUCCAUCAACAUCGUGAGGGAGGACGAUGAACCGAGGAGGGAGGGGGACGAGGAAGAGGAGGAGAAGGAGAGGAAGAGGACGGAGUGGGAGGACGAGCAGGGGGAACGGUCGGAGGGACGGGAGAACGAGGCGCCGCCGAACACCUGCAGCCUCCACCUGAUGGUGCUGAUGCUCCUGAUGAACCUAUCGUUAGUGAAGACGCUCGUAUGAUGACACAGAUGUGACUUUUUGACAUACAGACAAUGUUCUUUUUAUUUGAGAUGGAGAAAGACUGGGAUUGAACCCAAGAUGAACUGUUUCAGCUGAUCCACCUCCAACCUCUUUAACGACAUGUUGAUUAUUGGUGAAUCUAGAUCAAGUCUUUUACUAAACAAGCCUCGUUCCAGAUCGAUGAAUCAGAAGAAAAAACGACUCUGCCCAGUGGUCAGUUAUUCAAAAGAGUAUAAUUUUGCACGAUAUAUACUAUUGUCCUCGUAAGGAAAUGUGUUCUCCGUCUGGACCAGAUCUGGUGCUGUACUCAUUGUCCACGGUAUUCCUGGCUGGAUAUCUCUAAAAGGCUGAUUUAAGGCGAUUCUUAAAAAUGCUUAUUUACGUUUUUAUUAAGAUUAAAAGUCAUACGAGCAGCUCAGUUAGGCGCUACAUUGGUACAAUGUUAAUUUGAGCUGACUGCUAACAUGCCAACUUAAAGCAGGUACAAUGUUUACCAUUACGACCAAUUCAGUUUAGAAUCUCAGCAUGCUAACAUUAGCUGUGUAGCAUUUAGCAGAAAGUCAGGCUGAGCUUUGGUAUAACUUAAAGGUAUCUGGUUAUAAAGGAAAUGAUAGGACUUUUGGUGAUAAAGGAAAAGUCGGAGGGUAUCCCAAAGAUGUCAACAUGGUUUUAGCAAUUGUUAAAGCAAACCAUCCUACCAAUUAUAAGACGUUUCACUAAAAACCACCAAGAUCAACCUCAUGGUGGCGCCACAGGAACAGACAGUGGAAAAGCAAAGUCAGUCAGGUUCAUUGCCAAGUUAAAGAAGAACUUCAAAAACAAAUGGUGUUCAAUGUGAAAUGAAAACAGCUGCUGUGUUAAAAAGUAACUGGACAUUUUCUUUUUAGGAGUGUGAUAGCACUUUACAUGAAACAAACAUGAGGUUGGACGUGUAGUUUGGUUGAUUGUACCUCAGUUAAUCAGGUGAACUGUAUUUGACCUCUGCAACAAUCUGCACUGCCUAUUUAGCCAACAACUGCAUCCGUUCUUCCAGGAAAGUUAGAAAAUAAUGUAUAUAUGUUUGUUUAAGAGUGGACGGAGUCACCUCCAACAAUGAGGGGAUCAUCUAGCGUAGGAGGGGUUAUAGUUUUAACUGCAGGAUUAUCCUCCAUUUUAUUUUACGGAGGUACUACAGCCAAAUGAUCUAAAAACCAAAGGGUGCUACUACUCACAGCCAUAUGUAAUCACUAAUAUUAGACGCUUGGUCUCUGUGGUGAUUUGAAGGCACCCUUUAAGAAUUGCUGUUAUUUCUAACAGCAUGACACUUGAUGAGCUGUUAUUGCACAUGGCAUUAUACAUGAAGUAUGUAUUUUUUGUACUGUUACUUACAUUAUACUCUUGAAGUACGGCAUGUCGGGAUAUGCUGCAUACUUUGAGUUAUUGGGACAUAUGUUAAAGGUGCUGUGGACUUCAACAUAUCUGUAUUCUUUCUAUAUGGAUAUAAGUACAAAAAGGUUUGUUUUGUAGUUAUUAUACAGAGGUUAACGUUACUAUAUCUGAGUUUGGAAGAAUCAAAUCAAAAGUUCUGUUUAAUUUUUUCAUCUUGUUGUGGCUGUAGCUGAAGAACAGAACUGAAGGUAUGACGAAACACUGAACAGGAAUUAAGAGACGGCACAUACUUUAUCUGAAUUAUAAUAAUGACGAAGAGACUUCCUGUGUUUCUUCAAUGCCUACCUCUUGCAAAACAAUGACAAAUACUUGUACUUGAAAAACAUGUUCCAUUCCUGAAUUCUUGGGCUUGUGCUUUUCCUCUCUUCAUUUUAUCUGGAACAAUUCAAGCUUGAGCCCACAGAACAGCUAACAGAUGCUAAAGCUGACAAAUCUGCAUUCAAUGUUCUGGCUUCUUCUGGAGCUUUCAACGCUAAAAACAAGACCAAGUCAAGAUGAGAAAAUACCAAGGUUAAAAUAUUAUGAACUGUCUCAAAGAUCUCUUUUUAACUCUAUUCAUGCCGCUCAUAGCAAGUCUGUUUUCCAAUUUUUAGACAAUCGAAACCAUUCGUCAAAUACACUCUGCUCUUAGUCCAAAAUACCAAUAUAGAAACUUAGAUACUUCUCUUCAUUGACCACAGAGAACUGGAGCAUUUUGAAAUCACAGCCUAUUUGAAGCAGAGGUACACCUGAGACCUGGUUCUGGUCAUCCCAAAGACUUCUAAUGAAAGUUUCUAUAACUUUCUGGUACGACCAAAAGCAAGUCUGUUUUCCAUUUUUAUACAAUCAAUCCUCUCGUCCAAUACACUCAGUCUAAACACACUUGUACUGAACGUUGCUGCAGCUACGGAUAAAGAGUUUGAUCAUAUUUAGAAAAAGACUUCCAAAAACUGGAACUGGAUAACUUUUUGGGGUCAAAUCAACAAUCACUACAGCCUAGAGAACUGGAAGGGUUUUAAAUCAAAUCAAACUCAGAGAAGAGGUAGACCUGAGACAUGAUUCUGGAUCUGGUCGUCCCAAAGACUUCUAAUGAAUUAUUAGGAUUAGAGUUUCUGUAUCAUUCUGUUCUUUAAAAAGUAAACAUGUAGCAUCUGUCACAAUCUCUGCACCACUGAUCCUAAACUGAGCCGGUACGUUCACCAGCCUUCAGGUGAAGUUUCCUGGACUUACUGUGUGCUUUGUUUCCUGAAGAUUGUAAAACCAAAUAUGCAUCAAGGACUAUGCAACACUUGGAAAAUGUUACCUGAAUGUAAAUGCACUGCAAAUAAAGACUUUUCUUCAAAACACC